GGGAGCAAGCAGUUGCUGAACAACUACCCUGUCUACAUCACUAGUAAACAGUGGGAUGAGGCUGUAAAUUCUUCCAAGAAAGAUGGACGACGGCUCCUUCGCUAUCUCAUCAGAUUUGUUUUCACAACCGAUGAGCUUAAGUACUCAUGCGGCCUUGGAAAAAGGAAAAGGUCAGUGCAGUCAGGAGAGACAGGUCCUGAAAGACGUCCUCUGGAUCCAGUAAAAGUAACAUGUCUCAGAGAGUUCAUUAGGAUGCAUUGUACUUCCAACCCAGACUGGUGGAUGCCAUCCGAAGAGCAAAUAAACAAGGUAUUCAGCGACGCAGUAGGACAUGCUCGUCAAGGGCGUGCGGUGGGGACUUUCCUUCACAACGGGAACUCGUAUUACGAGGGGACUGACCAUCCAGGGUCACAGGACGAAGUCUUCAAUAGAGGUAUGCAAGACGGAUCUGGCGAUUGAUGGCAGUGAGAAGAACCUCAUACAACAGUAGCAACCACUUAAUUUAGGAGAGACUGUUUGUUAAACAUACUUACCCUGAUUUAAGAGUCCAAAGCAUGUUUGAACACAUACUGCAUACAUUUCAGCUUCUCCACCCUACUGUGUCCCAGUUAACAGAAAGAAAUUCAUUUCAAGACCUGCUCUAUGGGACUUCUCAGUGCCUAUUAUUUGCAAAUCCUUCAUAGCACCCUCAAAGGGAAAUUGCAGUUCAUUUCAUCUAGUUCUAGAGAAAAGGUCAUUUAAAACUAUAAAAAUGUCAAAAGAAACAGCAGCUACUAUCUCAUCUGCCUAUUGAUAACAAGCCCAGGUCUGGACCCAGAACAGCUGGGAACUAUUUGCUUUCCCUGAGUAGGAGAUGUAAGAACAAGUCUGCACACUUACAACAAAAAAAGAAGUGGUCUCCCCUUUCCUAACGGAAAAUAACAUAAUUAUAAAUGCUACCUUAAAAUAC